GUCCUAAUGAAUUUUUAUUUAGUCGUGAAGCUGUACCAGUUUACCAUUUAUUGCUAUCCAGCCGCCUAGUUUGCGAAUAAGCACCAACGGAUAGCUUGCACAGCAUCAUAACCGCAUCUACAACCACUAGAAGAAGUCAUAGACCUUUCUACGUUUACGACAGAUAAAUCUACUUGUACCACGUCGAUAUUUGCCAUUGUGUGCUCUUUGCUGAAGAAGCCUUGAAUCUAUAUCAUCACCAUCCAUCGUCGGGCUAACGCCUAGAACAGGCGCGCUCGACCCCUACUGCGAGAAGCAACAUGGUUGAAUAUCAUGGCUCCUCGAGCUUACCUAGAGAAACUCAACUCUUCGGUAGACCCUCGCACGGAUAUCCGAUAGACUACUACCCAUUUGCCUCUGGUCGGGUGAUCUCGAGGUCCAAUGUACCCGGACCGAUCAGAACCUCGACGCGGGCAUCUACUACGUCCAGGCCGGCCCGGAAAACUCCUUAUCCUGGAUAUGAUCAAUACCCCACGGCCGCCAGUGCCCAAGUACGUCGCGCAGGCGGAAAAAAGUCACCAAGGAGAUCUAAGAUGGUCCCAGGCCCUGGUGUAGGAGAGUUCUAUGGCAUGGCCACGGGGAAGAAACCAAAUACGCGGUUGCGUGUCAACCAGCUGUUUCUGAACAUCGUCCAGGAGUGUCAGGAUCACUACGAUAAUAAAAUUCCGGCAGGGUUCGAUGGAACGCAACAACAGACGCAAGAAUUACGUGAGUACCUCAGGAGGGGCCUUGAGGCAUUAGGAUUAGAGGAUAGACUGAGCGCCCUGGAAACCAACAACACGAUCCAUGGUAACCCUCAAUUCCUUAGCUCUCCGGUUUUUCUAUUGCCGGGAUGGGAGGAUUACUGGGCCACUGUGGAGGACAACGAAGGCUGGGAGGCCUUCAGAGAUAAGUUAAUGGGCUCCAACGAAAGGGCUUUUGGGUCAAUUCGAGGCGGCGCCGAUCCGGAGAGGAUGGAUCUAAGAGAAACAAUCGAUGCUCCAUUCACAAACCCGGAGAGAGAAUGGGCUCAACUCAAGAGGGAUGCACGAGUUCAAGUGGGAAGACUCCCCGAGAAAUUGGACGAGCUCGCAAAGAUCGGACCUUUUAUGUAUCCUGGCGCGGACAUGGACGACGACCUGCGCGCGAAGUUCUCGCAGGAAUUCCAAGACGUGAUUAAGACCCAGACCCCAAGGUAUGAUGCCAUGACAACGGCAUCAGCAGCAUAUAUAAAGGCCCAGCGGGAUUAUGUCGCAGAUGAGAUCGACAAAGAGAGGUUGAAAAUGACAAAAUUCCUGACAAGCACGAUAGACAGAAACGGGCAGGGUAAAGGCCGGUUCUUAUUGAAAAGUAGAAGUGCCGACAAUGAAGAAUUCCGAGACUCACUGACGGCUGGCUUCCUCACGAGAGCAUACCGUAUUAUUCACGUCGCAGCUGUAAACAGGUUGUAUGAGCUGGGCGAAGCACCGAUCCACGAACUGUUACAUGCAGAGGUAAAUUACUUGAAAAGUUUGAGGUCUCAGGAGGAAAUCUGGAAAGAGUAUGACAACUUUCGCCUCACAGACUGGAUCAAAAACCAGGAGGCGGCGAGAGUUACGAGCAAGCGCAUCGAAUUACGCAAUGCAUUGGAUGCGUACUGGGCGGAACGCAUUCAACAAUUUGAGAAAGCCAUCGUGAGUCAUGAUCCAGACGCGGAUGAGGAGCCCUUGCUCGCGGAUGUGGACUUAAUGGAUCCUGAAAACUCCGAUCCUCCUAGCAACCCUAAAACGCAGCAAACGAAGCGAGUACCUGAGUUUCUUGAGGCUCUCGAAAGAAUACGUGACGCGAACAUCAAAGCACGCGAGCAGACAAUUGCGGAAAACGACCAGCUCUCUGACGGAGACGUGGGUAACCACCAGCUUAUACAAGUCAACAACCUCGACAUCAUGGCCAAGAACAACGUCAUAUUUGGUCUUGACGUAGAGAUUGAGAACGCAAAGAGCUUCGAUCCGCUUGCCGAGGGAAAUUUGGGCUUCGGAGCGCACCACCGGAUGACCAUAGCGCCCCCUGACGAGUAUUGGAGAGACACGAAAAGGAUCCGAGGGAAUAAGGACCUGCCCACUAGUAUCCGAACGCUGAGCGGUAGAGGUCCCUUGCCUGGCCAGCACCCGGUACCAGGUAUACCCAAGGUAGUCAUCGGUGGCCCGGAUGAUCUGGGUGAGCCUUUGAAUACGGAUAUGCUUAGGCUUCCUAGGCCGCCGAUCGACUUGGCGCCUGGCUUUAACACGACUGACAUACCCGCGCCGAAGCAAUCUCAAUCUACCGGAGCUCAAGGAUCGAAAACGCCAGCUAAGAACCCACCUCCAGCUGGGCCCGCCAAACAGCCAACUCUUUUUGGCGGGAAUUUCCAACCACCAAAGCUGGGUGUACAGGAAACCCCACAGCCCGUAGAAGGAAACUUUUGGACACUAGGUCAGGUACUGAGGGAUCUCCAAGGUUAUGACAGUUUAAUGCCGCAAGCAACGCGGAACAACGAGAGUUGCUCUUUACAGGUGUGGUCAGACGUAUUCAGCACCGCAUGGAACUACCGCGGCUACAGACGGGGGAUGGAAAUACCCUUAACGUCCAAUUGGACUUUAGACGAGUUCAGCGUCCGACGAUUCGACGAGUUCUCUCGCGGCCUGAAGCAGAAUACGCAGUCGCAAUCGCCGGAGUCACAGAAGAGGCGUGAAACAGAGUAUUAUCAGGGUCUUGUGAGUGCUCAAGCGAGAUAUCUCUGCGAUAACACGAUGAGUUGGAGCGUGGCUGUCUUGCUGUCUGGAUUUGCUAUCGUGCGUGGCUUGGGUCCUCAACCUGAUAAUAGGGACAGCCAGGGACCGCCCGUGGCCAGGUACCUCCUGACCAUAGCGCAAUUCCUCAGAAAUGGUACUGAGCUCUCACAACGAUAUCGCGACCCGCGUUCCGAGGUGAGGGAAGCAAAAGCAAGAGAUCCCGUCCAAUGGAGUAUGCGGGAAAUUGGGUCGAUGACCUUUGACGAAUAUGUCCGUACGCUGCCCCCUAGACUUCAGCGAAACCUAAGUGAAGCAAGGCGGAAGUUCGCUAUUAUUAAGCAUAGUGCGGGAGGGAUCAAGAGAAGCUUGAUUAAGACCCAGGGACCACCGAAAACAUCGAAAACACCUCAGGCACCUAUACAGCCGGCCUACGUUCCCCCAUCGCAGCCCAAGCAGCCAGCGCAGCCAUCGCAGCCAAGGCCGCUAUAUCAGCCAAAGGAGUCGCCGCCAUUCCAGCCAUUCCAGCCAUACCAGCCGAAGCAGCCGUCGCAACCAAAGCGAGAGAGGCCAGCACCACCACCGAAGUCAAAUCGGCCAACUCAGCCGGGUUGGACGACAGCGUCCAAUACCCACGGACCGCGCCAGUGGACCAUGCGCGACAUCGAAAACUCGACCUUCGAAGACUAUUGGAACACGCUGCCGGCGAGGGCGCAGCGAGACAGGCAAGCCGCUCGUAAUGACUGGAUGCUUAUCAAAGACAGCUGGUCCCAGAUCAAGAACGCCUUCCCGGCCGCGGCUCAGGCUGCUCCUCAAGCCCAGGCACCUCAAGCCCAGGCACCUCAAGCCCAGGCACCUCAAGCCCAGGCACCUCAAGCCCAGGCACCUCCCGCGCAGGCACCUCCUGCACAAGGCCCUCCCAAGACGAGCCCUCCUCGGCCGGCUGAUUUCUUUUUCCCCCCUGCGUCAUUCCUGUUCCCCGCUGCGUCACUCCAGCCCCCGGUUGCGUCAACCCCGUCACAGCCACAGCCAACCCCUAAGUCGACCCAGUCAACUUCUAAGUCCACCUUCCCGGCACCAGCUGCCCCCGCGCCGACUCAACCCGCGCCGACUCAACCCGCGCCGGCUCACCCCGAGCCAGCUGUUUCUCAGGAGGACGUUACUAUGUCCGGCGGCUUAGGAGAAGGCCGGCGUCACCCCAGCCAGUGGACCUGGCCCGAGUGGGAACGCCUAGGGAGCGCGUGGGACCACUACUACCAGGAAUUAUACCAGUGGGAACAGGAGAGGCACGGCUAUCCCGAGAUGAUGUACUAUGUCUGGAGGCAGGCGGCGAUUCGGCGAUGGGCGCUCAAGACAGGCCCGCCCUCUGGCGUCUCCAAGGGCCCAGCAACUCCCGGUCCCAAGAACGGUGGUAAGGUUCCCCCGAAAAGUUCCACGGGCCCCAAACGACCAUCUGAAAAUGGGGGUCGCGGGCUGGGACAUCCCAGCACGUGGUCAUGGCCUGAAUGGCGGGACUACGGCCGCGAUUGGGACACGUACACGGGAGCCCUGACCGAAGAGGAGCGGCGGAGAAACGGCUACCCCGAGAGGUAUUUCUACGUCUGGAGAACGGCGGCACUUCGAAACUGGUCGAAGCGGAAUCGCAGAGGCCCUGGAAAAUACAUUCCCAUUCCCUCUCCUCGUGAAGGUCCUGCACCAGCCCCGGGCCCUGCACCCGCACCUGCACCCGCUCCCGCUCCCGCGGGCGCCGCUCCCAAGACGCCUGGUCCAAAGGCAAGCACACUUUUCGGCGGCCCAUUCGUGCCUCCAAAGAAAUCCGAAGAAGAUGCGGGUGAUAUAUCCUCGAUACAUUCCUCGAGUGACAGCGAUGACGAUGCACCUGCCCCUUCAAAGCAGACUCCAGCAGUCCAAGCACCUCCAGUGCCCCCGCCACAGGGGAUCAGUUGGGACAACAUGUUUUCUUCAGGUCCUGUACAAAGCAAUACUCCAAAGUCUUCAAGUUGGUUUGAAAACUUACCGAAGACCUCGAGUUUAUUUACUAAUGUACCAAAGACCUCGACAUCCGAAGGUCUGUUUCAACCUGUCUCUUUCACUGACCAGACAAGCGGUCCAGGGCCUCAACAGACCUCAAAUUUUGUGUCCUCGGAUUUUGUAGAUCGAAUAAGGAGGGAGAACGAGCAGUGGCGUGAACGGGCUCGGGCAUUGGGCAUAGAAACAGAUGAUUCAGAGGAGCCUGACCCCACGCCAGAACAGCCUAGCAAAAACCCAAGUAAAAUUCUCAGUCGCGUGGAUGGGAAUGAGGAAGAGCUCCUACGGACGAUAUCUAGAACCCAACCGUCGGCUAGCUGGGUUAAGAGGAUAGCAUCGACGCAGCCUCUUUCUUCCGCGUCUUUUCCUUCCGCGCCCCCUGUUUCCGCGCCUCCUGUUUCCGCGCCUCCUGUUUCUGCGCCUUCUUCUUCCGCGCCUCCUUCUUUCGUGCCGCCUGGCCCCUUUAGUAACUUGUUCGGGGAACCAGCUCCCCAAAAGAGCGCCCCUCAGCCGCCGAAACGCAGCAAAACCACCGAAUUACUCCAGGGAAGCAACACCAACCUCUUGGCUGCCUCGAACGAAGUCGUAGAUGACCCCCUCGACAGAAGGAUCAACCUUGCAUUCGGAGGCUCCAGCGACGCGAAGAACCCAGAGUAUUGGCCCGUUGGCCCCUCUAAAAUUUCAGACUUCGGUAUUGCCCCCGGCAACACGGCAGUCCAAAUCGGCGGCGUCAAGACCCCUUCUACCCCAGCGCCCAAACCUGGACGUGGCAGCAGCAACGUCUCCGGCCCUAGAGAUCCUUGGAAAUCGGUGAGUGGGUUCUGGAGCAUGUCGGGAAAUAUACCCGGACUCAGUAACAACCCCAAAACGCCCGCCAGGCCUCCUCCUACUAGAGCACAGAACCCACCUGCUACACCCACUCGACCCGGCCGUGGCACCAAGCAACCCGUCACCGCACCCGUCAGCGCCGGCCCCACCACAAUCAGGCUCGGCAGCAACACCAAGACGCCAAGCAAGCCGCCCACCAGCGCCGGCCGACCAAGCGGCUUCGGGCCCGGAAUCAGCACCCCGCGGGCCCCCCAGCCAAAGGCCCAGGUCCAGCAGCCACCACCAUUAUAUCCAACCCUGCCCACAGCAACCCCACAAGCCCCGCGGGUCCCGCAGCCAAAGGUCCAGCAGCAGCCACAGCAGCCAUUAUACCCAGUUCUGCCCACAGCAACCACCUGGCAAGCCCCGCAAGCCCCGCAACCCCCAAAGGCAACCACGCCGAGCAGCAGCGGUAGGGGCACAAAGCGGCCGGCGCCAGUCGACGACGACGAGGAGGACGUCGACGCGGGAGAAGAUGAGGAGCAGCGCCAGUACGACGAGGCCAUCAACGCGUCGCUCAUGCAGGCGAUCCCGAACCGCGACGGCUUCCCGGAGCUGCAGUACCUGAUCCGCGCGUACCGGCGCGCGGGCGUGGCCGAGCAGGUCCUGAACCAGCGCCCGGACGAGGGCGCCGGGUACGCGGUCCCCGUGAGUGAGGGCCAGCCGCAGUACCCCGUGCCGAUCUGGAAGGGGCAGGUUGCUGAUUUGUGAGUUGAGUUGAGUGAGCGGGAUGGACGAGGGAGAGGUGUGUGAGGUGUGCAGUUUGAGAGGGGUUAUGGGAUAGGGGAGAUGUGGUGGGGAGAAAAGGGGGGAAAGGAGUAAGAGUCACGGUGAAAGAAAUUGGAAGAUUUUGUACGAUGAGAGAUGGAUCGGUGUAAAAUAGUAACCGAUAAAGCUGGGAGGAGUGAAACAUAUUGCGAGACUUUGUGCAGAGGGUACUUACAUCUAUUUUGUAGAAUCUUUCGUUAUUCCAUUUGUCUAGUUCAUGAAUACAGAUUUUCGGCGUUUCUAAUCAUUCAUCGCUCG